AUGCCCGGCAAGAAAGGCCUGGUCGACAAUCUCGGGGCCCCUAUAGAGCUCACCGCCAUGGUGACUCUCACGAAGCGGCAUACACACCGAGUCCUGCAGCAGAUCAAUUUCAAGACCGUGCAGGAGAUCAGCAAGAAGGGCUGCGCCCACACGCCGACGCAAUGCUAUGAAGAGGCGUAUGAGAUCGUUCACGUGAGGGAUGCCGAAGAUGACCAUCCCAGGCCUCUCGACCAGGGGACAUACCCACCGCCCUACGGUGCUGUGUACGCAUCAGCAGUAGGAGAGAGUAGCUCGGGUGCGCGGAUGCGCGAAGCCUCGCAUAUGCCGGCCUGGGUCAGGAAUGACCCGUCUUUCUACGAAGAGUAUGACCCAAGGAACCCAGCCCCUGUGCCGGGCCCCAGUACUGCAAGGGACUUUAGCCAUAGAUGCAGUGAUUACAAGUAA